AUGCAAUCAAUACUGAAGAAGGCUCAAAAGAAGCCCUCGACUUUAAAAUCCGAAGAACUUUUGUCUGGUGUCAAAAAGCUCUAUGAAGAAGCUGUUACAACUGAUUCAACAACCACCACACCACUCCCUACUAUUUACACAGAAGGAUUCGGAUCAGAGCAAAUAUGGGAGCAACUCCAGCUUCUAAAUAAGCCCGUGUUGCAGCGUACAACCCCAGCUGUAGCAACAGCCAAUAAAGUAAACGGUGCAAAGAUCGCUCCAGUGCCCACAAACCCUGAAGAGUCUUCAUCUUCGAAUGGUGACGAUGAGGACGAUAUGAGUGGCUCAGAUGACUUUGCCGGACUCGAAGAACUGGAAGGGCUUGAAGAAGAGACUGGUGAAAAUAGUGAUGAUGACGACGAGGAUCAAGACGAUUUCGAAGAAGAUAUGCCUUCAGAACAAGGCGACGAAGAUAAUCUGGACGAAGACGAUGAAGAUAAUCUACCAAAGUCAUCAAUGAAGAAACGUAAAUCACCUGUUGACGAUGCCUUCUUUUCUCUGCAAGACAUGGAGGAUUUCGCUGAACGUGCUGAGGCACGGGAUAUGAAACGAGCUAGGACGGAUAAAGUAGAUGAUGAUGAUGAGUUUGAUUUGGGAGAAGGGUUUUUGGGUAUGGAUCCAGAUCAGUUGCAUGAUAGUGAUCAAGAAGAUGAUGACGAUGAUGAGGAUUUGGAGCGUAUGGAUGCGGGUGAUGAUAAUGCAAAUGAUAUCAUGUAUGAAGAUUUCUUCGGACCACGAGAAACAGCGUCUCGUAAACCUCAAAAGGCAUUUACAGACAAGAUGUCUCGUAAACUGUCUAGAGAAAAUCGAAACGAAUAUGAAAAGUUGAAGGAAGAUACCAACAUAGCGGAGGGUCUAGAAGAUGAAGACGACGAAGACGAAGAAGAACCCACUAUCAGUAGUAAGAAACCAUCAAAAAUCACCGACAUCUUCAACUUGGACGACCCAUCAACAUCAGCCAUGUCCAACUUUGAAAAAGAUCAAGCCCGGUUAUCGAAACAAAUUGCAACAUUGGAAGCUGAAGCUAUGGCACCCAAGCAUUGGGCGCUAACGGGUGAAAUCUCUGCCAAACAUAGACCCGUAGAUUCGCUAUUGCAAGAAGUAUUAGAUAUAGAACCAGGCUCGAAACCUGUACCAAUUCCAACCGAAGAAACGACUAUCGCACUUGAGGAUUUGAUCAAACAACGUAUCCGAGAUUCCGCAUUUGACGAUGUGGAACGUAAAGCACCAGCAGUUGAAAAGACAUAUGAUCCCAAUAGACGAUUCGAAUUGAAUGAAAGCAAGCCAAACAAGUCGUUGGCUGAAGAGUAUGAAUCAGAGUAUCUGAAACAGACUAUGGGAAAUACGCCGACCGUUAAAGAUGCAGCACUGAAAGCCAGCCAUGAUGAAAUCAGCACCUUGUUUAAAUCACUAUGUAAUGAUCUGGAUGUAUUAUCUAAUUGGCACUUUGCUCCCAAACCUGCUCGUGACGAGCUAACGGUAAUGCCUCUGCCCUCUGUGCCAGCUAUAUCGCUAGAAGAGGCCAUACCAGCAGGUGUAUCGGACGGUCAGUUGGCCGCACCAAAGGAAGUAUAUAGUGGUAAAACAACGAAAGGUGCUUCAGAAAUGGAGGCAUCAGACAAGAAACGGAUCCGAACUACAAAACAAAGGCUCUUUAAACGUCGUAAAGUUGAAAAGGCGCAACGAGAACGGGAUUUGGAAGCCCUUGCCAAGAAAUCUAUUGGUGGUCAUGGAACUGGCAAGAAGUUGCAAAAGGCGGCUCUUGAACAACUCAUGCAUAAAUCUAAUGUCACUAUUAUUGGUGAUAGUAAAGUGCUUAAAGGUGGUAAAGAUAUUAGAAACAAAGGGGCUGGGAAACGCAAGCUGGCGGAUAUCGUUGAACGUGGUGGUUCAGUCAAGUCCAAAAAGAAUGAUACGUCGGGUAUGGAUGGCAACAUGCUACGACUGUAA